AUGGCGACCAAUGUGGCUCUCUCAACCCCGGUCAUGCCUUCGGCGGUUGGACGAGAGCACAGGUCUGUUCGGGGCGCAAGAGCGGUUGGGUCAACGGCGUCGUCGUCAGCCGCUGGGUGCAGGGCCCAUUCUGUACGCUCUGUCCACUUUGCGCUCGAGCCUGUCGCGCGGGAUGUGCAGAGGCAGAUGGAGCAGCAACUGUGGCACUGGCUGGGAAAGACGCACAGCGUCGUGCGUCCACUCGAGGCGAGCGCACGUGGCCCGGUGCAGGUGAUGGAACGCAUCGCCACAGCGACAGCAGCCACUAUCACCACCGCCACCCCCGCGAUGGUGGUCAAGACGGUUGCGGUGACGUUACCGCCAUACCGCGAGCAACCGUAUGACGCAUCGGAAGACGAAGACGUAUCCUGGUCACGUGUGCAGCUGGUACCAAACGCAUCUCUUGUCUUGUGGGAGCAGUGUCGUCGUCGCCUGCGGCACGUGGCCGGUGUAGUGGAUGUUUACACGCUGGCCAGCAUGCUGCGCGACACACGAGAGAGCAGUGAUAAGAAGAGACACGGUGGCAGCAGCAACAGUGGUAGCAGCGGCGGCGCCGUUCGCUUCUGUGCAAGCUUCCUCGGUUCCAGCUGCGAUACAACUGCGUCGGGUCGGGUACCAAUGCCAGUGCUGGACGCAGAUGAGCUGAGAGAUCAUGGGUGGGCCCUGGACGUGGUUGUGAAGCAGCCGACGCGACAGCAUCACCAGAGCGGCAGCCGCAGUCGGAGCCCCAAUCUCGCGCCACCGCUGCCCCACCCCACUGUAUUUCUAUUCGCGCGCGACUACAUCAGCCAUGCAGAGGUACUGUGGAACUUGAUGCAGGAGCGCUGGGGACGGGAGCGGCUACCUGUGACGGUGAUGCCGACCUGGGUGAACACGACGGCGGUGUUCGGCAGCGACGAUCCGCAGGUGGAGGCUGCAGCAGCGUCUGCCUUGACGGAGGACGCUCUCAAGAAGCUGAGGCGUCACCUUGGGCGAUGGCUGAAGGGUACGUCGGCGGCCGACAAAACAAAGAUCCGCGUGACAGAGCGGGCGGCGGCGCUAGCGAUCGACACGUACAGCGCCGCCGUCACCGCCGCCGUCACCGCCGCCGUCGCCAGCGAUGAGCAGGCGCUGACGACGCACGAUGCAGCCGAUAUUACAUGGGGGCUCUGCACCGCACUGGCGCGGCUUCACCGCGCCGGAAUCGCGCACGGCAACCUUAAGCCAAACAACGUCUUGGUGGGCGACCCAGUCGACACACGUAGCGCUGCGCAGGCGGAGGAGGGCCCACGUGAAGUGCACGUCACCGACCACCUCCUCCCCCUGCUCCCUGACCGACUUGUGGAGCCGGGCGAACUACUGACACUCCCGUAUGCUGCCGCUGUCGCCGUUAGCACUGCAGCUGCCGCACCGAAGAAGUCGAAGGUCGUGAGGAUGGACGGCUACGUGUGCCUGAAGCUGCAGGAAGAGGCGACCGCAAUGUCAUAUCUGCACGGUGGCGGGCCGUCUGACGUGUCCACCGUCCCGGCACUGUCGUUGAGUGGAUUUCUGCUGAGCGACGCCGUCAGCGGCGGCGAUGACACUGCCGUGCUCGGGGGUGGGGUAGACUGCCUCUCAAGCACCGCCUACGAGGCCGUGCUACUACAGCACCUCGCCGCCCCCGAAAAAGUGUUGUUGGUGGCGGCGGACGGCAAUGAGGGUAACACUCGUGUAGGGAAAGGUGCGACCGCAACGGCAACGACGCUAAACACAGGUAAGACGCACUUUAGGGUGUGGAUUGAUACGCAGCACACAACACCCGCCAGCGACAUCUACGCGCUUGGCGUGCUUCUCUUCAUGAUGCUGACCGGUCGUCUCCCACCGCUGCCGCGCUACCGCCGCGUACCGCAAGGUACAUCCGAGGCAGCAGCCGUCGGCGCUCGACCUCAGCCGGCGUACGAGGCGGUGGCCCACGACGUUGUGUGUGCACUGUAUGAGAAUGCGGCGAGGCGCAGCUUCAAGCGCGACCCAUCACCGAUGCUGGAAGAGCUCAAGGCCUUCUUGCACUCCGCAGCCGCACGCCGGCACCUGCCUCUUGUCCUGGCGCUCGCACGUGCCGGCGUGCGGCCAACGACGAUGGACAUCCUUGUAGGUAUGCUGCACGCCGACCCUGCCAAGCGACUGACCCUUGCGCAGCUUCAACACCAUUCCUUCUUCCGCACAUACGGACGGCGUCGACACGCUUUCCGGGCAGAGUUUGCGGAGGCGGCGCGGCGGGUGCAGCAUGCAGCAGCAGCGACAGGGAAAGAUCCCGUGGGCUACGGCGUAGUUGCGACUGUUCGACGACGCAUGAUGCCUCAGAACAUGGGGGCCACCGCCAAGGCGGCGGCUGAGCAUCCUCGAUCACCGCCGCCACCGUCGGCAAGUCGCCUAAGUACAGUGGCGCCGCGUGUACCCUCUGGGCCCAUCACGCAAAGCCACAGGAGCGAACGCGACAUGCCAGAUCCUGCGGCCUCUCCAGAGUCGAAGCGAACAGUGCCGUGGCAUACUUCACAAUCCCCCCCCGCUCAGCUGUCCCACGCGCCGCACGCCGUGCACGUUCCCGACAGGAAUCGGGAGUCCUCCCUCUCCUCCUCGUCUCCCUCCCCAACACCGCCGGUGCAAGAGCGGCAGCAACGCCAGUCUAAGGAGCUCUCAUAUUCAAUGCUCGGCAGCCGCGCACCGCCGCCCUCCUCCCCCUCGUUCAUCUGGCGAGCUAAUUAUCCACCCCCAUCCCGCCGAGCCGUCAUUCAAGACGACAUCGGCCGGCCACUAGAGCGGAGCUGCACAGCGGUGAGAACGACCGCGGUGCCGGACAGAUCCAUCGGCGCUGCACUACUACCGCACGCUGUCCGACGUCUCUCCCCCUUGCGCCGUGAGGCGCCGGUACUAUCGCAAACGUCUCUCGAUGUUGUGUCUGCCAGGCCGGCUCUGCACGCACCACGUCGGCCCGUCAUGCGGCGUCAGUCAGCAUGGAUGAUGCCGCGGCUCUACUCGGUGUAUGUGAUGUCGCUGGCCCUUCUGUUUGUUGUCCGGCUUAGGCGCCGCUGGGAGCGCACACGGCUGCUACGCUGCAUGAAGCACCGUUAUCGAUGA